UGCAUUUGACAACAGUUUAGCACCAGAGAGAGAGAGAGGUAGGCACACACGCACACAUACAAACAAAGAGAGAGAGAGAGAGAGAGAGCUACAACAGGAUAUUUUGUCACUAUGGUUACUUCCAGUAGAUACUAAUCUUGAUUUUUGAAUGUCAUGCUGUAUUCACACUGGGCAGCGUGACUGGUGUGCUGUUGGGAAACGUUUGUAAAAGCAAAAAAGUUUUGAAAAAGGUGUUCAUGCCAUCUGGUUCCAUGAGACUUUGGGUAGAACUGUAGGACAGCUGUGAGUUAUUGGUUCCUACAAUAUCAAGAUGGAUCCUGACACUGUGCCUGUGACUCUCACCACCUCAACCCCAAAUGAGUCUAAUGAUACCACCUGUGAUACCCUAUACACACAUCGGAAUUAUGCACGCAUCCUCAUGCCUCUUUUCUACUGUAUUGUGUUUUUCGUGGGGUUGUUUGGUAACUGCCUCGCUCUCCAUGUCAUCCGUCCCAAUCUGAAGAAGAUCAACUCCACCACUUUAUACUCUCUCAACUUGGUGGUCUCUGAUAUCCUCUUCACCCUCUCUCUACCAGUGAGGAUAGUCUAUUAUGCUCAGGGCUUCAAUUGGCCUCUUGGAGAAGUGAUGUGUAAGAUCUCAGGCCUCAUCUUCUACAUCAACACCUAUGCAGGAGUUAACUUCAUGACCUGCCUCAGCGUGGACCGUUUUAUCGCCGUAGUCUUGCCUCUGCGUUUUGCCCGACUCAGGAAAGUCAGCAACGUGCGUUACAUUUGUUGUGCUGUCUGGAUGCUUGUUCUGGCACAGACUCUGCCUCUCCUUGGAAUGCCUAUGACCAAUUUGGAACCUGAUGGCUACAUCACUUGUAUGGAAUACCCCAACUUUGAAAAAGUGGACCAUAUUGCUACUGUUCUGAUUGGUGCUGUAUUCCUGGGUUAUGUUAUCCCUGUACUCACCAUCACAGUGUGUUAUACUGUCUUAUGCUCCAAACUCCACAAGACAGCCAAGACCAACCAUUUGACAGAAAAGUCUGGUCGGAGUCGCAAGGCCAUUGGUGUGAUCUGCUGUGUGUCUCUGGUGUUUUUUAUCUGUUUCACCCCCUAUCACAUUGACCUCCUGCAGUACAUGAUCCGUAAGCUGGUAUCGAACCCAGACUGCAGUGAUCUAACAGCCUUUCAGGUGUCGUUGCACAUCACAGUGUGUCUGAUGAACCUCAACUCUUGCUUGGACCCAUUUGUCUACUUUUUUGCCUGUAAGGGCUACAAAAGGAAAGUCUUGAAGCUGCUGAAGAUGCAGGUCAGCAUGUCCUUCUCCAGUGCAGUGAGGACAUCACCAGAAGGCUCCUCCAAGGACUUCAUUGAUGGCAACAAGAUCCAACUCAACAGCUCUUUUGUCGGUACAACUACUGAGAGGCUCUCAGAACGGAGAUCUCACUGGCAUGAAUAAACACAAGAUUCAAGGCAAGACGAGAGCACACAGACAAGAGGUAUAGCAUAUUUUCAAUGGGACAGUGAGCCAAAUAAACCAAGUUGUGCCAACUAGCAGCUAUUUAUCUUAAUCCACUGGAAUGCCUCAGAUUAUUUUCCAUAAUCAAGGAUUUUCAAAAACUUUGACAAAAUACCUAUUGUGUUUUGUUUU